GUGGUUCUGAGAAGAGCAGUAGCGCCUGGCCCGGCGCCCACGAGCCACUAACCGCCACCUUCAGCGCCACUCGCGCGCUCCAUUUAACAGACCUUUACCACUAGUGCUCCAUUCGCGCCUUACAUUUCGCUAAGUCGCCUUAACCGUUAACAACCUUUUUUAAAAAAACGCACGUGCCGACGAUGAUUAAGAAAACAUUGCGCCCAACUCUAUAAAUCAAUUAUUUUUUUUUAAAGGAAAAAAUAGCGCUGUUAAAGAGCCGUUGCGAAUGGAGCACUAGCGAAGCUUGGUCGGUUGUCCUGGUAAGAUGUCGGCGGAGGAGGACACGGAGCUGCGGGAUUUGCUGGUACAAACCCUGGAGAACAGCGGCGUCCUCAACAAGAUCAAGGCUGAAUUACGGGCAGCUGUAUUCUUGGCACUUGAAGAACAGGAGAGAGUAGAGAACAAAACACCAUUGGUUAAUGAGAGCUUGAAAAAGUUUUUGAACACAAAGGAUGGGCGCUUGGUGGCUGGUCUUGUUACUGAAUUUCUCCAGUUUUUCAACCUGGACUUUACUUUGGCUGUGUUCCAGCCAGAAACAAACACUUUUACUGGACUUGAUGGGCGGGAUAAUCUUGCCGGGGAGCUGGGGAUCCAUGAAGGAGAUGAAUUGAAGGGAGCACCGCUAUUAUUGGAGGUGAUGAGAAGAGGUCAACAGAAAGAAAAACGCAAUUGCCUUUCUGAUGGUGACCAGCUUACUUGUAUUCCAAAGGAGCUAUCCACAAAACACAUAGCAGAAGCUAAGAAAAAGUUUGAAUUUUACGAUGAAGACAAGAAUGGUGAGAUAAGUAAAGAAGAACUGAGGGAACUAUUCAUAGAUCUCUUCCCUCAUUUUCACAAGAAUAUGCUGGACAGAUAUGUAACUGAUGAGUUUAAAGCAGUAGAUAAAGAUUUUAAUAAUGUGGUUGAUUUUGAUGAGUUUCUGAGAAUGUACAAAAGGUUAUUCAUCCAAUGCAGAAGUGUGGUAGCCCAGGAUGCUACUGAUAUUGUACAGUCUCCAUGCAAACUUUCAGAAGGGAGGCAAACUGCUUUAAAUACAGGCAGCAAGAUACCUAGAUACAAAGGAACUGGUAAAGUUAAAGAGAGUGGGGAGAAAGCCGGUGAAAAGAUCACUGACAACAGUCUUGGAGAUACCAGUGCAACCUCAGGUGACAUUAAAAGCGCAACCAACCUGUCUCCUGGUGAGCCAAAGCAAGACCUGAUGCCGAACACAACUACCCAUCUCCCAGAGUUAAAGAAAGAUGAAAAGCUACACCUUGAUGAUGAAGACUCCUUCUUUGAUGACCCAUUGCCUGAGCAAAUGAAAAUCUAUGGCUGUAUCUCUGGUAAAAACACUGAUAUCGAUGAAGAUGCAGAAGAUCCCUUUGUAGUAGCAGGUGGUAGACAGAAUCCUCUAGAAAGGCACACAGAUUUGAACAGCAAAUCAACAGGUGGCCUUACAUCCCUUUCAGAUGCUCCUCCUCUGACUGCGAACUUGGGGUCCCUUGUAAGAGCACCUCUCUUAAAAGAAGCUGAUAUAAAAGGAACAGGAGAUGAAGAAGAGUAUUAUGAUGAUGAUUUUAUCAGUGGCAGUCAGCGUUCAGAUAAAACCAAGAGUGAAGUAAGCAUUGGUGAAGAAAUUGAAGAGGAUAUUUCUGUGGAAGGGGAAGAUCUUUGUAUUGAUGAUAAGCUCGAUGAUUUCACACUGGAUCACACCAUUUCACACAGCAGUGAUGUGGCAGAUUAUAUGGAGGAGGUUGCGUAGUAGCUUCGGCAUUAAUAUAAAUGGAUAGCUUUUGCCACUUCUGUUGUUCUGAAGAAGCUCUGAACCAAUGAAGGUGGAAUUGAGCUGGUAGAUCUCCUGGGUAGCACAAAUUGGUUGAGUUAAAUGAAUCCAACUGUAAACCAAAGACCACAUGUAAUGCUAAGAACUGAUGCAAUUAAAAUAGUACUGGGUUGGUGCCAGUGGGGGAAAUCAGGAGGUGGGGGAGGGUGGGUGCCUCAGAUCAUCUUCCAGUAUCCAUUAGAAGAGGCCUAAAAUCAUUUAGAAGGAACCAGUUUGGUCCUAGAUUGUAAUGUGUAUAGAUAUAUAUUAAGUAAAAGUUAUUUUUAAUGCAAAUUUAUUUUUGAAUGUUCCAUGUGUUUUUAUUGCAUAAAGUUUUAUCAAGAAUCUGUGUAACCUUUAUGGAGCCAAUUGAAGAUUUUCAAAUGAAUAAUUACUUGUCAAAAAUGCAGCACUAAUAAUUUGUUGGCAAUAAAUCUAGUGCUAAAUUGGCUUAUUAUAAA